UACAACUGGUUUUUCACCGCAUAUUAUUUAAAAAAAAGAGCAAAACAAAUUGAAGAGAAAAAAAAUAAAAGAAAACGUUGCACGCACACCGUCUUCAUUUAGAAUUUCCAGUUGUAUUCAUUCGCUCAGCUAACAUGUUUCGCAUUGACCUAGCCGUGUUGUUUCUUAGUGCCGUGCAAAUUUCAACGCUACAAUUAUAUUCAGAUGAUUUUGCCUUCCCAUCAGAAAAAUCAUCAGAUGAUUUCGCGUCGUGUACGUUUAUAAACGGUACGGUCGGUCGAUGCGUCAACGACUGUCCCGGUGCUCUGUUCGAAUAUCAAUUGGGAACCAAUCCGACAAUAUGCCGUUUUGACAAUCAAGUGCCGAUUGUGUGUUGCCUAACUCACACUAGUUUGCCACUCAUAGAUCUGUUUAGAAAUGACACUAUAACGGAAACGGAUGAUGAUCCCGAUCGUGGUGCACAGAAUUCAGUCAAGCGCCGGAAGAGUGUUGCGAAAUGUGAAGAUGUUUAUUCGUUGUCUCUUCCGUUCAGAAAUAUUCCAGUACAAUUUCGUACAACCAUUGUGGGUGGGCAAGUGACGUCAUAUGGGGAGUUCCCGCAUAUGGCAGCACUUGGAUGGACAGACGAAAGCAAAAACAUCAGUUGGAGAUGUGGAGGUACACUCAUUAGUCAUAACUUCGUUUUAACUGCAGCACAUUGUGUCAUCGGACGAUUACCGCCGGAUACUGUACGAAUCGGUGCAAAAGAUCUCAUUGACAUCGACAUACUAGCAUUAACCCAGGAUUUCGGUAUCGCAUCAAUCAUCGGACAUCCGAAUUAUGUGCCGAAAAUGCUGUAUGACGAUAUUGCAUUGAUUAAAUUGAACCGGAGGGCCAGCAUUACAAGGAAAGUGCGUCCAGCUUGUUUGUGGCAAGAAAAUGCAAUAAAUUUCACUGAUGCCAUUGCUACUGGGUAUGGUCACACAGAGUAUGGUGGAGUGGCAUCCAAUGAACUACUGAAAGUUGACUUAAAAAUCCUCAACAAUAGUGAAUGCAGCACACUAUACCAAAAUGAACGUUCCUUGAACCUUGGAAUAAUUGAUAGUCAAUUAUGUGCUGGAGAUUCUGCAGCAGAGAAAGACACUUGUCAGGGCGAUUCAGGCGGGCCGAUUGGUGUGACUAGGAUGAACGGAAGACAAAUUGUCUAUGACAUCAUCGGCAUCACAUCGUUUGGUAAAGCGUGUGCUAUUCAGCCGGGUGUGUAUACGAGAGUAUCUCACUAUUUGGACUGGAUUGAAAGUAUUGUUUGGAAAUGAUUGCGACAAUAAACUAUGGAAACAACAAAACUUUUUACUACAAAAAUCUUUUACUUCAU